AACGAUCUUGUUUCAUCGGACACUGCAAUAGACAAUGUGACCAGAGUCGCCGCGGUGGUCACUAGCAGCCUCUCGCCCUCACUCACAACUGCUCACCAAACACACGUGACUUAUAUAUUUAACGUGCUUAUAUAUUUAAGUUCAUGAUGGUUUGAUGAAGUCAUAAUUGGUGUUGCAGGUUUAGUAAAUCAUUGUGGAAGUGGUGCGGGUCUUUCUCUGCUUCCCGCCGCUGCGUGUUAAGGCUGCAGGGGGCACUGACACACAUGCACACAUGACACUCCUUCUGCUGGAAGUUUAAGAUAAUAUUGCAGUUUUUCUGUCUACAUAAGGACAAAAUUCACACUUGAGGAAUGGACAGUGUUAAUGAACUGAUUCAGUUCCUGGCGCCAGAUGAAAAGGAAGAACUCAAGAGUACUGCAUGUGAAACAGCUGCUCAGCUAACAGGAACUCCUGAGGGCCUCAAUCUUCUGAUUGCCAGAGCAGACUUUCUUACAGCUCUUCUACGAUUGGUCAGAAUCGCAGAAAUGAAUACCAACAAAAAUGGAAUGCGUGGACUGGUCAAUAUAUCUGCAGAAGAGGCAGGUGCAAGAGCACUUCUGUCUUUACAAGAAAUCCAUGUAACUGCAGAAAUGGUGGAACUAGUUGUGGACAAGGAGUUUCCACAUGCAGACUAUGCAUGUGCUGUACUGGCCAAUCUCACAAAGCAUGCACAUUUGUGUCAGAAAGUAUAUGACAUCAUUGCUGCGGGGCCUACCAAGCUAGAGGGCUUAGUCGACAUACUUUGCCAGCUGGACUAUAACAAGAAGGGUGCCAGUCUUCAUCUUUUAGCUUCAGUCAUCUCUAAUUUUUCACAGUUAUCCAUUGGAAGAAGGCAGAUGAUGGACAAGAUUGGAUUUGUGUUACAACGACUUAUGUCGUUCAUGGAUUACAAAGAGUCAAUCGGAAGGAGAAUGGCAGUCAUAGCUGCAAUUCACAAUUGCUGUUUUGAAAAGGAAUACCACCCGUGGUUAAUGGGUGAGGAUGUUGACCUGGUGCCCCGUCUUCUGCUGCCGCUCGCGGGACCUGACACUUUUACAGAAGAAGAGAAUGAGUCCUUACCAAUUGACCUGCAGUACCUCCCAGAUGAUAAGGAAAGAGAACCAGAUCAGAAAAUUCGCAGAUUAUUGCUAGAGUCUUUAAUGCAGUUGUGCAUCACUCGUGAAGGUCGAGAGAUUAUGAGGAAACAAAAUGUCUACCUCAUUCUUCGAGAACACCACAAGUGGGAAGAGAAGCGGCAUUGCAUCAUGCUCAAUGAGGAUAUAGUCAAUCUCCUCAUUAGAACUGAAGGCGAGAUUGGUGUGGAUGAUCUAUCAUCAGUAGAAAUACCACCAGAUAUGGCUAGCAAGUUUGCUGACCAUGAUAAGGAAUUCUUGACGGAAAGUUCUUCAGACAUGAAUUCUCUGACAGAAGAAGCAGUAGAAGUUUUAAAAUAAAGUUGAAUGAUAUACUGAA